GCCGUCGAGUUUACCAAGCAGGCCGAAAAGCUGUCGCACAAGACCCCUGAGCAGGGCGACGCCGAGGUCGCUGCCGAGGCCAAGUUCGUUACACCUCUGGAUCCAGUCCUCGUCACGAGCGAUGGCAACAGACUGCCUGGCGUACCGCUGCCCGAGGCGCACAAGCUGAACAGCCUGAAGAGCGAGCUGGAACAGGAUGGGCCGUCACAUGAAGGAGAGGAGGCGGAGGAGGAGGAGGAGGAGGACGACGACGACGACAAGGAAGAGGGGGAAGGAGAGGGAGGAAAAAAGGAUGACACUGCGCAGGGCAUCCAUGUGGCCUCCGUGUCCAACGGCAAGUCGCUGCAAAAAUCAGCUGGCGGGACGCUGCGCAAGGCAAUGCCGCCCUCGCACACGAACCCGCUGUUCCCGCCCCUGCCCCUCUAUGGCCCGCCUUCGAUCGUGCGAGACCUGCAGUGCGCGACCUUUCGCGUGUCCUCGUUCUUCCUGAGCAUGUCCUUCCUAGGUGUCAUUGUUCUCGGCUCGCUCUUCACCAGCAUCCCCACCGUCGUCAGAAAUGCGUGGCUGCGCCUGACCUUUCGCAAUCCGGACCGAGACCGACCCUUCUACGAGGAAGAAAUGCGGCGCGCGGCCGCACGGAGGGCGAUGGAGCGGAACUGGAAGAGACGGCCGUCCCAGGAGCGCAUCCCAGCGGACCACGAGAUGCCUGUGGACAACGACGGCUACGAGCCCACCGAGGGCGGGCCAGAUCCAGUCAAGUGCGACGUGGGUUACUACGCCCGCCGCGUCGGGCUGGACGUAGAAGAGUUCGAGGUCCAGACCGAGGACGGCUUCAUUAUUGACCUGUGGCACGUCUACGACCCGCGCGAGUACGAGGCCCUGCAGCCCGAGGACCGUGGCCCCCGCGGCCCAGACCCUUUCACCGGCGGCUCACGACAGCAGAAACGGCAGAAGAAGAAACAGAAGCAGCAAGAACAGCAGCAGCAGCAGCAGCAGCAGCAGGGCGCUAGAAGACGGCUCCGCGACCCAGAUGCCCCCCGCAAGUACCCCGUGCUCCUCGUGCACGGCCUGCUUCAGAGCGCGGGCGCUUACUGCGUCAACGACGACCAUUCGCUCGCCUUCUGGCUCUGUAAGGCCGGCUUCGACGUCUGGCUGGGCAACAACCGGUGUGGCUUCCGCCCACGGCACGUGCUGCUCGACUACGGCGACCCGCGCAUGUGGUGCUGGAACAUCCGCCAGAUGGGCGUGUUUGACCUGCCGGCACUGACCUCGCGUGUGUUGUACGAGACAGGUUUCGCCAGGUGUGGGCUCAUCGCGCACUCCCAGGGCACCACCGAGACCUUUGUGGCGCUCGCCAAGGAGCAGCGGCCCGAGCUGGGCGAGAAGCUGAGCGUGUUUUGCGCGCUGGCGCCCGCUGCCUAUGCGGGGCCCCUGAUUGGCAAGAUGUACUUCAAGUUCAUGCGCGUCAUCACGCCCGCCAUGUUCAGGCUGAUGUUUGGCAUUCAUGCCUUUAUCCCGAUUAUGAUGACCAUGCACGGGCUCUUGCCCUCUGGGUUGUAUGGGUGGCUGGGAUACAAGGUCUUUUCGUUCCUGUUUGACUGGUCGGAUACCAGGUGGGACCGUGGGCUGCGCGACAGGAUGUUCCAGUUCGCUCCCGUCUAUGUCAGUGCAGAGAGCAUGAGGUGGUGGCUCGGGAGGGAAUGUUUUGCAAAGCAUAAAUGUAUCCUCGCCACCAAAGAAGAAUGGCGCGCCGAAGAGCGUGAGGACAACAACAACAACACCGACGAACCCCCUCACAGCCCACUCACGCCCACCGCCUCCCCUGCCAAAAUCCUCUCCCGGCGCCGGACCAGCUCAAGCGCCACUGCGCACCCUCCAGGGACCCGAUCUCCUACUCGAAAACACCACCACCACCCCAAGGGCGCACGUGCGUGGUACAAUUCCCAAUCCCCUCCCUUUGCACUGUGGGUUUGCGGCCGCGACAACCUCGUGGACGGCAACAAGAUCCUGCGGCGGUUCGAGCGCGGGCGCGAGCCCCAGGCCAGGCUGAUCCACCGCAAAGUGAUUCCCGAGUACGAGCACCUGGACGUCAUCUGGGCCAUGGACGCCGAGACCCAGGUGUUUCGGGAGGUGCGGGAGGUGCUCUGGCGGACUGUGCCCGAGGGAGACAGAAGUCGGUGUCGGGUGCCUGCUGGGUGUGAGGAUGUAGCGGUUUGGGUGGACGACAGGGUGAAGAGGAGAGGGGGUGAUGAGGGUGAU